UAUGAAGAGAGAGAAGAAGAGAAGAUAAGCACGAGGUGUGUCAUCUAGUCAGCUACUACCAAAAAAGUUCACACACCACUAUUCUUCCUUUCUUAAUUCCCACCUUCUCUUAUCCCUCAAACCCAACUCAACCCCAAACCCAACAACAACUAUAUUUCAACAAGCCGCGGCGACUCGACUCUCUCAAACCUAUUUUUCAACUACCAACUGCUCUCACUCUCACCUCUCUACCAUGGCUUCCUCUUCCCUCCUUCUCCCACUCUCUCUCACCCUUCUCUACCUUCUCUCUGUUCCCUCUUCUGCCUACAAGUCUUCUCUCGCCCUACCCGUUAUCAAAGACCACUCCACGCACCAGUACUUAACCACCCUUUCUUACGGCACCCCUGUUGAAGAGGCUAAAUUUGUGCUUGAUCUCGGCGGCUCCUCCCUCUGGGUUGACUGUGCUUCCCGAACCGCCCCAUCUGCAUCUCUCGCCACUAUUUUCCACCGUUCUGUUCGCUGCCUCACGGCCAAGGGUCCUGAAAUCGAGACCCACAGGUGGCUCUCCAGCCUCGCUAACCCGGUGGAUCAAGACCAAGCGUGUCAGAUUUCUGCCGAGAACACCAUCACCGGGAAAAAGGUCGCCGAAGGUGAGCUUGUCGAAGACCUCUUUGAACCCUCUCACCAGCUUCUCUUCACCUGCGCACCCACCCUUCUCUUGAAUGGUUUGGCCACCGGGGCUAAAGGCAUGGUGGGUCUCGACAGAUCUCGCACCUCUUUCUCGUCUCAGGUUUUUCACUCUGUUGGAACCCAGAGAAAAAUCUCUCUCUGUCUCUCCCCAUCUUCUGGAGUUGUUCAAUUUGGGAACAUGGUCCAGGAAUCUCAGCCCGGCUCCGAAAUCCUCAGAUCUCUCACCUUCACUCCUCUGCUCACCAACCCAGACCAGAACCACCCUUCCAUCAACGUUAAUUCCGUCAAAAUCAACGGAAAGAAGGUCUCUUUUGACACCCCUUUGGGUGGGGGCGCUCAGCUGAGCACCGUGGUGCCCUACACCACACUCCAGACCUCAAUCUACGCUAACUUCGAGAGCGCGUAUUUGAAAGCCGCCUCGGUUUUGAACAUGAGCAGAGUGAGUCCCGUUUCCCCCUUUGGACUCUGUUUUUCGUCCGAGGGAGUUGGAAUCUCGCAAGUGGGACCCAACGUGCCGGUUAUCGAUCUGGUGUUGCAGAGCGAGAUGGUUAAGUGGAGUAUAUACGGAAGAAACUCGAUGGUGCAGGUGAGCGACGAUGUUAUGUGCUUAGGGUUUGUGGACGGAGGCGAGAACCCUAGAAAUCCCAUUGUUAUUGGAGGGUAUCAAUUAGAAGAUGUGUUGGUUCAGUUUGAUUUCGAUACUUCCAUGGUGGGAUUUAGUCCUUCGCUCCUGACGAGGCACGCGAGUUGCUCAGAUUUGAAAUCUGGAUCUUCUGCACAACCGAUUUCAGUUUAACCAUAGUUCUUGUGAUAAUAGUUUAUUAUCCAUACCUUAUAGUUUUCUUAGAUUAAGAUGAGUUUUGAGGAGUUUAACAGGUUCUGUAAUAACCCUUUUCCUUUUACUCCCCUGCGGUAUGUGUAUACACUGCUUAUGUGCCUAUGUAUGGCGAUGGCAUUUUUGGUUAUAUUGUUUUUAUAUUUUAAAUUAAAAUACUUCUUCUCCAGCA